CGACGCGCUCCAUAAUAUCCCUCGUUCUCCAGCCAUGCAGGAGCCCACUCACACAAAAAUCGCAACAGCCUCCAGGAAGGGCAAGGAGAGAGAGGGCGCACAGCCAGAUAUUGCAGACAGGAUUAUCGCCCUCAGGCGCAAGCAAGCUACCGCGGCUCCCCGCGAAAGACCAGACCGGCCUUCACAACCUUCCACUUCCUCCCCGAGAUUGUCCACCGCGCGUCCAUCCUCGCCACGAAAGUCGUAUGCGCCUCCCGUUUCACAUCCAAACAUCAUUGUGUCGGAGGCGUCCCCAUCGCACAUGGAAGCCGACGCAGACGACUUCUCGCGUCGCCUCAAGAUCUCGCCUCAUUCCCCCCGUGCUGCGCAUGCGCGACCUGCUGCGAACGGCAGUCCCGGUAAACUAUACAACCCCAACUCGGAUCCCAUCCGCCGCCCCGUCAUCUCCGCCGAGCCAGACGCAAUGUCGGACGCCGCUUCCUCCUCACAUUCCCCGCGCGCGAUGCCCUCAAGAGCUCAGCAACCCGCGCAGACUUCGAGAGGCGCUCCCGACUCUCAUCGACAACUCUUCGACCCGCGCAAGCACGACGCAGUGCUCUUCUCGGCUCAGAACCGACAUCAUGCCCCGAGCGCGCCCCCCACCAACUCUCCCAACGCUGGACGUCCCACGCCCACGCCCAAGUCCUCCGGCGACUGGGUGUCCGCCUCUUCGACAUCAUCGGCAUCUUAUGCGCAGUCGACGAUCUCCUCCAACUUCACCCUAUCCUCCGCCACCGACUCCUCGUCGGCCUCCUCCGCUCUCUUCGAUUCCUCCAAUCCCGCCGGUCGGAGGUCCGAAGACAGCGCCUCCAGCGCGAACGCCUUCUCGCGCAAGCUCAAGGAGGUGUACCGCACAAUCAGCGGCCUGGAGAGCAAGCUCCUCGGGAAUGACCGUGAUCGGGAGCGCGGAGAUGACGGCGAGCGCGCAGCGCAGCGAGGGGUCUUGAUCAAGGGGCGCCCUGCGAACUCCGGGGCCGCGCGAGACGCCACGGACGAGGAGGGCGAGUCUGAGCGUUGGCGGAAGCUCGUAGCCGGGCACCAGCAACUGGCGGAGAGCAUACGCGAGAUGCUAGCUCUGACUUUGGCGCCCACGGUCCCCGCAUCUCUGAAGAACAUUCCGCAGAAGUACAAUCUCAUCAUCCGUUUGUGGUCGCAUGCGUUUUAUCAUCUGCUCGAAUCCCUUCGCCAUGCGGCACGUCCCCCGACCAGUUCGUUGGUCGCGUUGGAGUAUCUGCAACAAUUCCUCAAUUAUGCGUACGUCUUUUACGGUGGUCUCAUCGAGGAGAGGAACUUCGCGCAAUAUCGCAGCGCUUUCUUGGAAGCGUUGGGCGAUCUUUCCAGGUACUGGAUGGCCGUGAGCGCGCUGCUUGAAGGGACGCACACUUCGAGCAACACCCUCACGGCGUCUGCCGUCGCGACGAACAAUCUUCUCUCAUCGAACACCCCCCGUCCGUCAUCGCCCAACCCCCCCGCUACCGAUCUGCCAUCCGCUGCGGUCUCGCCCACGCCAGCACGCAUCGACGACAGCCCGCAAUCUUCGGAAGCCGAGAUGCCUCUCGGGGCUGACGCCGUCGCAGGUGCUGCGGCAGCCCACAUGCACAAUAUUCCUAGCGUAGGGCAGGAGGCCGCGCGCCUCAUGGAACUCGAUUCUGACAAGGAACGCUGGCGUCAAGUCGCGAAGGACUGGUUCGCGCGCGGGCUCGCCAUCACGCCGAACUCGGGCAAACUGCAGCACCAUCUCGGACUGCUGUGCCGCGAUAAGGACGGCACGGACGAGGAGCUCCGCGGGGUGUACCACUUCGUCAAGAGCAUGGUCGCUUUCCACCCGUUCUCUACUGCGCGCGAAUCCGUGCUCGCGAUGUGGUCUCCGGCAGCGCAGGCCCGGCGCCAGGCGCCUGACGCGCGUCUCACGGAGCUCUUCGUCCUCCUGCACGGGAUGCUGUUCACCAACAUCCAGCUCGACGACUUCAAGCGCGUUCUGGAGCGCUUCCAAGAGAAGCUCGAGAUCGGAGAUGGCGAGCAGGUCGAAGAGCGCGAGUGGAUCAUGAUGGCCCUGAUCAACAUCGGGUCUCUGCUCGAAUACGGCCGCCAGACCGCCGUGCUGCGUCGCGUCUCGGGCAUCGAGACCCGUAGCGUCGGUGGUCCCAGCCUCAGCCCCACCCUCCCGACUGGAGUCACCGCGGGCAGGAUAAAGGUCCUCAUGGCCAAGCGUCUCGACGGCGACACCUCCCGCAUGGACAUCGACGACGAGGACGGCGAAGGCAGGCAGGGCGCGAGCGAGACCCCCGACGGCUCGACCCCGACCGCGCAGGAGCCAGAGCUCCCCGCCACGCUCAAGCACGCGAUGCAGUUGACGUUCAUGAUGCUCUCGCACACGCUCCGUCAUCCCUUGCGCCGCCCGAGCGAGUACGCGACCCCGACGCUCAACCCCUACAACACGAUCAUGCUCACCUUCCUCGCGACCGUCCUCCGCGAGCCGUCCGCCCGCUCCGCGCUCGAGCGCUCGAUCCCGUGGGAGGAGCUCGCGGCGUUCCUGACGACGAUCCCCCGGCGCGACGUCCUGCGCGAGCACCAGAAGGCGAGCGCGGAGAGCGGCCUCCUGCUCACGAGCGGGUGCACGCCCCUCCCGGAGGACUGGUGCGUGCGCGGGAUGGGCUGGGGCGGCAAGAAGGUCUUCGAGCGCGGGUUCUGGACGAAGGACGCCGACGCGGCCGGGGAGGAGCGCAACGUCGAGGUCGAGGUGCUCGACCGCGUGGAGGCGCCCGAGUCCGCGAUGGAGGACGUGAUGGAGGACGACGGCGACGAGCGCCGGGCGAGCGACCAGUCGCCCGAGAAGCGGCGCUGGGUCCGCCUCGCCCGCGCGGGCUUGCGUAUCGCGCGCGACGUGCACGGCUUCAAGUUUGCGCCCGCUUCGCCUGCGGAGGGCCGGCCGGCGUGGAAGGUCGAGGGCGCGCUCGCGGAUAAGGUCGCUCGGUGGAAGGAGGAGAAGCGUAUCGAGCGCGAGGCCGAGGCGCAGCGGCUGCGGGGGACUCGGUGGGAGGACGACUCGAUGGAGGUGGACGACGACGAGGAUAUGCGCGUAGACGGCGAGUCGACUGAGGACGAGGGGGACUCGGAGGAGAUUCGCAAGCUCAAGGCGCGCAGGCAGUAUCUGCAGACGCUCCUCGAGACCGGCCAGCGCGAGCCGCGUCGACGCCCGCGUGGCCCUCGCAAGGCGGACGCUGGUCGCCCAUCGCUUCGACUGGUCCCUGGCUACUCCGUGCUCGUGGUCGACACGAACAUCUUGCUCUCGUCGCUAGCCGAGUUCUCCGCGCUCGUCGAGUCAGGCCGCUGGACCGUGGUCGUCCCGCUGCCGGUGAUUAUGGAGCUCGAUAGCCAGGCUCACGGCAACGCGACGCCACUAGGGCAAGCCGCCGCGGCCGCGCUCAAGUAUAUCACCGCCAGCAUCCGCACUCACUCCGCGUCGCUCAAGGUGCAGACGUCGCGCGGCAACUACCUGACCAAUCUCAACGUCCGGACGGAGCAAGUCGACUUUUCGAGCAACACUUGGGAGCGCAACAUGGACGAUCUGAUCCUGCGCGCGGCGCUUUGGCAGGACGAGCACUGGGCCGAUCGCUCUUCGAUGCUCAAGGCUGACGCGACCAAGGAUACGGCAGGCGCAGCCAAGGUCGUGUUGCUCAGCUUCGAUCGUCUGCUGCGCCUCAAAGCCCGCUCGAGACAGCUGGACGCCGCGAGCGAGCAGGAGCUCGCGGCUAUCCUCGCUCACGGUACAUAACGUAACCUUGUUGCGUACAAUCGACCUCCUGAGACCGGGCUCAUCGACCCAGUUUCACACAUACCAAUCAUAUGGCUGCCCUGCACAACGGCGCGGCACUUUCGUCCGGCGAGCUUGGCUUCCGCGCCGGUUUCGCCCCGCCUCCGAAUUCGUGAGGCCUUUGGCGCCCGCUCGCAGGUCUGGAAGCAGUUUCACGCCCGUGGGCGACAUCGGGUGCGACUCGCUCUACGCUCAGGCGUCAUGCAAUGGCGCCUGUGUGUUUCUGAUGGACUCUGUGGUUUGUGAGGCGGAGCGGCUCCGAGCCUAUCAUUUCACUUGUUUGCCUCCCCCCCUUUGCUCAUCUUCCGUCUCCCCCUCUCCCUCUCCUUUUCUGUUCCUUUCGCAUGGUCGUCCACUCUCUCGCUGUAUCAGAAAUCAACGUCCAUUAUCUCGCAUAUGUUAUUUAUCCGUACUACGCAAUAGCUUUGGUCGCAUCGUUCCGGUUUCUCAUCGCAUUCUUUCGAUAACAUAGCCCAUGCAAUACCCCAGGCCAUACCACCAACCAACCCCGUCGGCGUCCGUGUCGCAUCCGGUCCUUUCUUCCAUAUACUCCUGUCUCCGUGUUUUUACCAUCCCUUCGUGUUGUCAUAUUCUCUGUAUCAGCAUGUCUAC